AUGUACAUCAGCAUUCUGGAGCCCCUGUUUUCGGUACGUACGUUCACUGCCCUGUUCUAUCCAUCUCGUAGUAUACAGCCGUUAAAAUGGGCCAGCGUUCCCAAUCGGUUGGGGAUGUCAACUCUGAGGAUUCACUGAAUGCCUAUGGUUCGCCUCUUUUCAACUGCUUCAUUUAUUCAGAUGACAAACUGAUUGAGCGGGACGUCACGUUGACUGAGGAGGGCAUCGAGAUUAGCCAGAAGUUUACCAUUGGCGAAGAAAAACACUUCAAAUUACAUCACCCGUGUUACUUGAUAAAGUCUGGCAUUGAGGUAGUUUGCCUUUCCAAAUGUGCUUUUGCUAGGCAAUCAUUGAAGAUGACGUUACCCAGCGGUUUUCGUCCGCAGAACUGCGCGUAUGGAAUCUUCUGGCUAGAAAUCAAAACUUUUAUUUUUACAAGUUAGAAUUUAGUGUUUGCUAACAUCAUCUUAGUACAAAGUGCUCGCGCACCUUAUAUUUCUUGUGGUUCGUUGGAUUUGUGGUCCGGUACCUUAUCCUAUUCCCAAGCAGGUAGCUUACCCCUAUAUACCUAACUGUUCUGCAGACUAUCGGUUUGUCUUUUCGGAGUCGCGGUGACUUGGUUAGUAGGCUUUCUGAAAACCUGCUUCCCCAAUUCUCGUCUUGGAAUAUGGCUUUCUGGUCGUGGAUAUCAGAAAGCUAUGCUCCUCAACCUUUGUGCUUAUGCGCCGGUUAUUCGUUUCCACAACCCGUAAGUUUCAUGAUGUAAUGCCUAUAAUUUUCUCCUGCAGAGUUUGCCCAUUUUAUAUUAUUGUAAGUCCUUCUAAUAGUAUUCUUUUAAUGUGUGGUAUACAUAAAGUUUUGCCAAGAAAGCCUGUCGUAGUUGACUGUAGUCAUUUUCACUAGAUUGGUCUUAUGACUUGGAUGUCGGGCUGUGGGUUUUUGUACAACAUGCUAAGAGAAGUGUGGUUUCUCACACAAACUUGGGGUAGGUUAAUUGGUUCGUCACCACCCUUAGUAUGCAGGGAACUUUUGCUUUCGAGGAUACUCCAACCGGAUGUCGGAUAAAUUAGGGAGGUCCAUUAAUUUAGCUGUGGAAGACUGUAGACCGAUGACAGUGGUAUCCGUAGGUAGUGUGCAGGAACCCAGGUUUAGCUAAUGCUGCGUUCAACGCUCACACCGUUUGACUCCAUGUUGGACCCGCUGACCAUGCGGAAAUAGGCGAAUCGGUUUUGCCUCCUCGUUGGUUGGUCGCGUCUUGCAGUCUAAGGCUGCGUAGGACAAAGAUUGAGCGUUUUAACCAGCGGCGACGGGGAUUGAUCCGAUGGGUAAGGUUGAAGCCGUGUAGGUAGUUGCCGAGGUGUCCUUAUCGGCGACGACCUGUGAAUAAUGCCACCGUUAAAUAACACCUUGUCAGACACCGAUAUGAUAUCCUCGCAACCUAACCGUUCCCCCGAGACUGACUCUGCCUUAACAUUGUACAUAUGCUGGUCAUAUUAGCAGACUCCAUGUCGACUCCAUCUGUUCCUAUCACCUAACCUCUGGUAUCCCCCGAAGACAGCUUAGAUAAUGGCUGAGCUUGCUUCCUGAGUUUCACCGAAUUAUCCAGGCCAUCACUCUACAGAGAACCGUUGUCAAGACUAUAUUCUCUUUUUUCCUCAGCCUAGCAUCUAGACAAGGUCAUAGCGCUUUCGUACUGAGACUUCGGAAGCCUAACUGGCUUUCGACACCCAGGCCGUAAUUCCUUCGACUAUGUUGAGGCUUCUGAGUACUGUUGUAGCGUGCGGCCAUCAUGACCGGUCUGGCGUUAUUGUUCAGGGCCUCGUUGUCUCAAGGUCGUUCACCCCUUGCAGCGAGCCGCUCCAGAAGUGCUGACCGGAAGCCACCCGACCGACUCCAGCUCGAACACAAUUGUGUCCUCACAGCGUCGCGGUCACCCAUGCACCACUUGAACGCACCACCCCCUGCAACCAGUAAAACAGGCCACUGGGACACCACCCCUCGGCAAAUUCAACACACUGACUGGCCACCACUUGAGCUUGGCCUACUAGCCUACAAAAGCGACUGCCACCACUGUCUCACGGACUCUCAGGCCUGACUGGACGCAGUCAACACCAGCUCUGGCCUCUCCAGUAGUCACUGCCGUCUGAGAGGACAACUCCGGGUUCUGUGCACAGUAAACCCCUCAUUCUGGUGCCUUCCAUCUUCUCCUUCCAACACCAGGAUUUGCCCUGAUUAAGGUAGCGCUCAGACGGCACACACCCACACUGCGUAGCCCCAGCACUGAGCCACCAAGAUAAGGGGAUUUGUCCAAAGCAGUAUGUGGAUUGUAUUCGACACUUAUUAAUUCUGCGCACUCCAUGGUCGGUGUCGGUUGGCCCGUGACAAUCACUGUCUACAAAAUUGGCGCCUCCAAAGACAAAUAGGUCAUCCAGUCCUUUAAGAUUUUCGUAGACAUGUGUGCGUAGGUCGUCAAUUCUUUUCCAUUGGCCCGAUUGCUGGGGCAAAGUCCACGUAUUUCGUUGACAAAUGUCCGUCAACACUGGGGAAAACAUAAACCCGAAGAGGGCUGGGUAAAAUAUGAAAUCCCGCUUCACCCCGUUUAUCACUUUGAGGUUUCCGAGGUUGAUUUACUACCCGCCGCACGCUAUCAUCCUAUUACGCGGUUACUUAAUCAUAAUGAACCUUCGAGGUGGUUGUUUGUCAUCGUUAGUUCCCACGUGAGAGAGGCUGCUGCUGCUCUUCCCUUGAUCUGAGGAUUUAUGGCUGAGUACGCAACCAAAAUGCUCGACCCGACGCUCUAGAAUGUGCGAUUUGUUUCGUGGUAGGACUUUCUCAUUCGUGCUGGAAAGCAUGACUUUCACUGAGCUGUGCGCCGUAAGCUGCUUUGAUGACUGCGCACACCGUGUUUCUCUGCGUAGCUUGAUGCUUCCUCCCCCUGAUCUUGUCUCUCUGAUUGAUUCUCCAUCCUAGUUUUUUUUAAAUACUGGUCAUUCCAGAAUUCAUCAGCCUGCUGCCCUCGCUAUUAAGAUUUUACAACGAUGCUUAAUGAUUUGCCAUACUUACGACACGGAUACUAGCCGAAAGCCCUGACGCGUGUUUCGCCGAUCUUAUGCCGCUCCAUGACGCAGCCGCGAAGAGUUCGGUCCAUCAGUGCGUCCCUGUGUGCUUUCUGGUAUACAAACUCCAGUGUCCAUGCUACUGUUUAUAAUUUCCUCGGGAAUUAAUGCGAGCUUGGAGUAAACUCUUUAAGACAAAGUAUACCAGCUUUCAGAGCCAGCCCAAAAGCCUCUUUUCCAAAUGAUUUACUCCAAGUUCUUUCAUUAGUUUCAGAGGAAAUGAAAAAGGACAACUGCACGGCAGUCUAACCUUCUGAUGAGCACGUAGUCCAGCAGUUGUCGGUAACUCAAGCGACAGUCCAUCUUGUGGUCGUGGAAGCGAAAAACGGUGUCAAUCUCGAUUAAGUCUUCUUGUGCACACGUUUUCAGCAGUAUCGGCGCGUUGCUGUUUCCAACUCUGUGACAAAUAUGCACUCCCUGUUAAGCGACGUGUUUGUUCUAGGCACAGACGUAUGCAGCUGUCCAGGUCCUCACAUAACUUGUCUCUCAGGGCGUGAGGACUUUGAAUUCUCGGAGCGCAAGGGCCGACACCGCUGGCCAAUUUAUCUCUACUGCGUCAGGGUUACAUUGCCGUGGGAUAGUUGUGGAUUAUCUACAAGAGGACAGACAGCUCUCUGAAGGUGUCCUAUCUUAGCCAAAUCUUACGACUUACGUUUCGAUUUUUUCAAAAUAGUGUCACUAUUUUACUUUUCUACUAGGUUGAGGAUAGUUUUCUGUUUUAGGGGUUGAUAUCUUAUUUUACCUCAAAAUAUGCCUAACCUUACUCUUUGAGCUCUCACCGAGUCUUUCUUUUUUAGUACUCUAUUCUAUUCCACGUAUAAAGCUUUUUAGACAUGCAAAUCUCAUGUACUUAGGCUUGAUAUCUGGUCAGUUAUUCACGCAUGUUUAUGCUUUUAUUUAUAGUGAAAACCGGCCAGCGGCGAACACAAUCUGCGUAGCCAACCACACCACUCCCGUGGACUUUGCUGUUUUAGCUAGUGACAAUACAUAUGCAGUGGUAUGCCGCAGCCUUCCAAUUUAAUAUCUAUUCAUUGGAUUCCCAUUUUUAAAAACUAAUAAUUCUUAGCACUACACUAUGCAUGUCGUUUCAUUAUCAUUUUGAAAAAAGGUUCUCUGAAUUUUAGGCCAUACAGACGGUUUUUAUCCCAAAUUUUGACUAGGUAGUUUCACAGGGGAACUAGUAGAAAUCCUAUCUUGAAUUCUUAUCCAUUGAUUUAGCCGACCCCAGAGUACACGGUAGUGCGAAUCAGUUUGGCACAUGUCCUGCGAUCAUCGUCUAGAUCCUCAGCACUUAUUAUCGCAUUAGAGUCUUGUUGUUGAACACCGCAUACCGUCGGACAAAUCAGCUUCUCUGUACCACAUAUACCCUUUGCUGUUGGCCACCGUGGUAGCUGUACAAACUCAAAGAGGUAUUCGGAGAGAUGGUAUAAUAAAUGUCCUCAACUCAAGUGGACGGUUUGUGACCUAAGCAAUCACAUCUCGGCUUGAUUUAAGGGGUCUUAUGCUUUGCCAACUACAACUGACCGCCACCAUCACGUGCUUCAAACAUUGCCGCAAAACUGUGCGAACUCGAUGUUCGAAUUACGAUCGUCUCAUCAAUUAGGUUGACCAUAUUCUAGUAAUUUCAGGGCAUCGUAUCCGAACUCGUGAUAACAGAUGAAUGUGUUGUGCCGAAACUCGCAGCUCCUGUGUGUCAGAACAUGUACUCGUUCAUACACGCCUAAACGUUCAGCCCUCAUCUACAUCAAAAUUGUCAUCUGCAAGACUUGAUGUCACAAAACCGCGACAGCCCAGCACAAUCGAGGCUCAGAGCACGAGAAACCUCAUCCCAUAUUGCGGUCCGAAUAGAAGAAAAAACAGUCCUCAAUCUGUGAGACAGUAGGAAGGAUUCUCAGGCUCACCCAGCGACAUAAAAAUACUGGGUUUAAGCGCCCUACACUUCCCUGACCGGACGGCUUGAAUUAGACACCGCAACAGUAAAUCUUCCAGAAAUUGAAGUCAAAUUCGGUUUUUGAUGACCAUGAAAACCAUUGAGCUGAAAUUUCGACCUCAGUGGAGCGGGUCGUUCACUUCGGUGACACUCGAAAACUCUGCGAGUUUAUUCGCCAGGUUAGUGGUGGGUCCUCGGUACGGAAUGACUGUUCACCGUUGGAAUAGCCGAUUUAAUGCUGAGAACUCGGUCAUGACCGAGCGCCGACGUAAGCACUUGGAGUACGUCGACUCUGUUGACCUUCUGUUCGUGCGAUGGUCGUGCCUGCAUUGGCGCAAUCCAGUGUUAAUAUUGUCCGCCCUUUGGAGGUGCGCCUGCCUCGUCACGUAUUAUGGUGUCAGGCUCAGGAAACUGCCCUAGCAUGUACCACAGUGGUGUCACUGAAGACUGAUCAGCCCAGCGUCACUAUCGUUCCGACUAAUCAAACCACGUGUCCAUUUGUGAGCGGGGAACCGGUGUCCCGAGGGUUGCACUUGUACGUCUUCGUGGUUCCGUGGCACCUACUCAUAUACAACCCGAAACUCGUCCCCCUCUUUUUUGAAAGCUCGUUUACGUUGGGCGGGGAUCAGCAUGUGCGAACUUUAAGCCAAUUUAAUUUCAUCGGCCACUGCUCCCAAGUUCAUCUUUGGUCGUUUUGCCGUUGUAUUGUCAUUAGAAUUUGAAGGCGGAAUGCGCUAGGUACUUCUGAUGUAUGCUGCACGAGUAAAACAGCGGUGACAGGUAUUUGCGAUGUGCUCCCCCACGCCGAAUGCUGAUGACGCACUAAAGAACUUUUCACGGUACUCAGGCGUGUUCUAAUGUGUAACCUGAUCGUUGCGAGUAACUGAAAUAUCAGGACAGAGUAGCGCAAUACAUUUAUUAGGCGAGACCUUGACAACCACUCAGUGGAAAUCGGUUGCACAAAUAGUAAAGGACUUUCCUGUUUUACUGCGCUGAGCCAAUUAUACGUUACAGGUUCUUGCUUCCACAGCAUAGGAGACAUAUUGUCGUCUGUUUCUCUAAUGGCGGUUGCGCUCAAAGUUGCAUCGAAUUGAAUUCGAUCUCUACAAAACCGGUCCGAUGGGCAGAUACUACAAGAGACUGUCCACUUUAGAGGUGAUCGAACAUCAGAGACUUGUUUCUUGAGAUUACACAAUCAGGACGAACUGCGGAGCAAAGUGGCCAGAGAUUUAGAGCGUGCCUUUGCUAACAAUGAUACUAGGAAGUAAAAGGUCACUGUGUAAAACCUGCCAUGUCAUUAUCAUCCGUGUCACUUUAGAAAUCAGACGGCUUUUCUACGUACAAUUUUAAGGUCAUAGUAUCACCCACAUGCGAUUAACGCAAAUCCGGUUAGUAUUGAAUAAUGCCGUUUUUAAACCUUUUAUGCAUAAUUUCGCCGUCAGGGUCUUUCGAAAAUGCAACCCUCGUUCCUAGAGAUCGCAAUUUAACUCCAGUUUUGGAAGUCAUUUGGGUGCCCCCAAAUAACAGCCUUGAAGUCUUGACCGACUGUCUACCGUCGUGUGUUUAUGUAGGUCAAAGCUUGUCCGCAUUUUGGCAAGACCGACUUACACGCAGUUUAACUGAGGCGAUUGCGAAGAGGCAGUAAAUUCGGAAGUCUUUGCGCAGCAUCGGAGGCACCCCUUAAAAGUUAUAGGUACUACUGCGGACGAAGUUAGGGGUAACUGACAUUGCACUCAUUUUAAUCGGUUGCCUAAUCAGUGGUUCCUGGCCGUUUGCCGGGUUAAGAGCCAAAGCUGUUUAUAUAAUGCCGUUACAGGUGACUUGUAGAGAACAUUUCUGUCGUCGUCCCUUUCCUUUGCGUGUGGCCCAGCACCGUUAUGUUACGCUUCGAUCUCGUGUGUUUUGGUCGCAAUGCACUAUUCAGGGUUGCGCCUUCUGUGGCCGUUGUUGGUUGUGAAGAACCGCAAACGCUGAUUCGGAAGAUUGUGAAAUUGCCGUCUGGAGCUUCUCGAUAAGUCUACUAGCACAAUUGAACAUUCUCAGCUGUUAUAUUCAAUUAUCAUUGUUUACUAAUCAUUGAAACUUCUGUAUUUCAGCCCUCUUUAAUGUAUUAAAUGGUAGACAGUUCAAAACGACGUUUUGUAUUGAAGAGUAAGAGAAUUAGGCUGUUCCGGCCCGGAUCCGCCCGAAAUGCGCUCUGAAACUAUCACAACGCGCUUCCAGUUUGACUUGGAAAGUUAAAAACUGACGGGAUAACCCGGUCGUGUGCAUCACGGAAAGCCUGCAAUGACUCCUUAAUAUGGCCUUUAUGGCACUCCUACUUGUAUGGGCUUCAAUACUCCUCUCUUUCCUUGAAAGGCGCUGCGCGCGCGCCUGCUUUCAAUCGUUCUGACUCACCCUCCUUGGCUGCUGUGGGUCAAGUUAGCACAGUUCGUGGAAAGAAUAUCUCGCAAAUACGAAGCAGAACAAAAUAAGUGCUAUUUGCUCAUGUCGGCGUCUGUAUGCUCACCUAUCCAGUUAAUCCUUACUCCUAAUCUAUUUUUUUCAACAGGUCCUAAGAAUCUGACCCUGAUCGAGCUCUUGUCUGUGUUUUAGUUUGCUCUUUAAUUUGCAUUUUUCCGCAUGCUCUAGGACGUUUUUGUGGGCAAAACUAGAUAUAGGAUAAGCUUUUUUCCAGUCUAUCUUUAGGCCUAUAGCCUACCUCGAGGGAACGGAGUCUGCUUUGCUCAUAGACUGUUGAUUAUUCCGUCUGUCGGUUUUACGCCACCAGACCGCCCUCGGACAGAUAUCAUCAACCCUGACAGUCACGUUUCCCGUGUCUGGUAAGCCGGCAUUUCGACUCUUACAAGCGACAACGUGCACCGUGGCCCCACGGGGUUGGCCCAGCAGCGGUGACUUACGCGUGAAUGUAUUUAUGGUUAGGAGGAUCUGCGCUGCACCUAGCUCACCCUACCCCUCCUCACCAAACUUGUUUCAAUGGCAAGACAGUGUUAAGACUACCGGAGGCGGACGUGGACGCAGUAGUUGACAAAGACAAGCAACCCGUCUACGUGUGCCACACGCGACCUGUCUCCCGCUACAUGUGCCAGGCCACAACAAGGGCGACUAUGAUUUCACAUCGGCGAGAAUGCUACCAAUGUCCCAUGCAGAAGUCAUCGCAGCCUGGCUGUCAGUCCUGUCACUCCAAAGUACUCACGAUGAGGUGUGAGUUAUCCCGUCGGUUGGCAACCUUCCAAGUCCCGACGCUUAACACGUCUUGAUUGAUUCAAGCGCACCAGGUGGGAUUCGCUAAUUUUCUGCGGGAAUGGGGCCUCCUCUCCUUCUCUCACGCCCCAGUCGGAGUUUGUCAAACAGCUGGUGCCGAGAAUGGGUGCAGUUGCUGACGCGGCGUGAAGAUCUACGUCCAUGCUUGCCAGAUGCAUGUAUGGGCUCGCACAAACUUUGCGCACCUCGAACGCAGCCCGUUUAGGAGGCACAACUUCAGUCAUCGGGUCCCAAUUCUAGUCUAGUUAGCUCGGUUUUAUACGCCGGGACACAGUCUGCAGUUGUAGUCUCCGCUCAGUGCGUUCUGUGUUAUUACAGUUCAUAGCUUAACUUUAACUUUUUCUUUAUGAUUCCGGAAAUAUGCCGUAUUUAAAGUGAUGUCUUACGUUCGUCCUGCUAAGAUCUUUUGGUCUUUCUAGGUUGGACAGAAACAGGGCGGAUUCUUCGGCCUGGUUGAGCGGAUUCUUUCGAGCGCAGUGCCCACCAUUUGGUUUGAUCGUAGUGAAACAUUCGACCGCAGCGCUGUUGCCAGGCGCCUCCGCGAACACGUAGCCACUCCUGGAGCGCCUCCCAUCCUCAUCUUUCCGGAGGGGACGUGCAUCAAUAAUACUUCGGUAAUGAAGUUCAAAAAGGGUUGCUUCGAAGUCGGUGCUGUAAUUCAUCCUGUCGCUAUACGAGUGAGUGCAUUUCGUGACUUUUACUUCCAGUGAUUUUAAUAAUCCCAAUUCUUCAGACAUUCCUUUGAACUAUCCAACUUAGAGUUCGAUUGUCCCCUGCAAACUUUUACUGACCUUGUGAAUAUGUUUUAACCAGCUGCAUUCGGAGGACGUUUUCCCAAUUCCCAAUUCUUUCUUUUUCCAAUAUCAGCAGAACAAGUUUUCCCCCAGCUCACCUGUCAGCAGUCAUCUCAAGCCUCGUCUCGUUGCUUUCUCGCUUUAAGGCGUAGGUCCUUUAAGAGCCAGUGCACCUUGAGGCCUCAUUAACUCUCUCUGAGACCUGCAUUUAGCCUGCGUUUUUGCACCUCCGGAAGACCAUUAAACUCUUCAAUCUAUUCCAACCUCAAAAAUAAAGUUUUCAAACGAAAACAGUUUUCCGUUCCUAUAAUAAGGUCUCAUCCAGGUGCGCCGUGGUCCUCAAGGUUACUUGGCUGUUUACACCGUCGCCAAUCAGACGAUGUGAACACGCGAGUGACUUUGUUUACAUGACUAUACCUUUUUACCUGUCGAUUUUAUCGCCUUCACUGGUUUUCCACUACUCUUCCUCGAGGCUCCAGUAGUACUUUCUUGACUAAUGCCAUUCAGCGUUUAACCUUAUUGCAUGCCACCAUUGCCGCUACCGUGAAGGUGCGAUCGUCUAAAGAUGAAUGUACACUGAUGGGUGAAAUUUAGAACCAGUGAUUAUUUUGGAUCUCCCUUCUCCAUGCCUGAUUCCUCUUUUUCCCUUGUAGUGAGACUUGUAAGGUACACUGUGUCUGUUUUAAUGCUGUAGGAACCAUGGACAACGCUCUCAUGAUGGCGUUCUUACUUGAAUAUAAAAGUUGUUUGUAGCGUCAAACCAUGAUAAACCUAACGAGCCUGUGUUGUCUUCGCAUUUCCUUAAUCGAAUAUUAUACUCAGAACUGCCCAACCUGACUCCACAUCCAGACUUUGCAAUCCUUUUACAGUUACCCGCUCUCUCAUCUCUCUAUUGAAUGGCUGGUAUUUCAUCGCAAUUCCUAUUUUACCAUGGGCUUCUAGGUUAUCCUUAGCUAAGUUGGUGAAAACAGUCGGCUUUAAAAUAUUAUACAACUUACGGGUACAAACCAUCCCUACUGUACUGACCAAUGCAUCAGCCUCUCCUGAUUUCCAAUGUUCAGGCCACAAACCCAUUGCAGAUGCCUGAUUAAGGUUGGUAUUUUUCCACCGGAAAAGUAUUUGUUAGUGCACACCCAUGGGAAGAUUCGCAUCGGAUGAUAAUAAACUCAUCUUUUGAGCCAUUAAAGUGGCAUCUUGGUGACGGGCGUGCCACGUUAGUGGAGAUUUUGAGCACCUGAACGCGUAAUCGAAGUUGACACCUCGAGCUCAUCUUGCGGCAAGCAUUUAUCACCUGUGCUAUUCUGUGAAUCGUGUGUGCUGCGUUGCUGCAUAAUUGCGAACCGAAAAAUUACUUGUCGGCUUUGCCCUGACUUAUUUGCGUUCCUGUACGUUGAUAAGUGAAUAAUUUCCUGAGUAAUAGCCUAUUCUCAAGUUCUUUCGAUCUUAUCCAACAUUUGCCGUUUAUUCGAGUCACCACAUUAUCGACUUAUCUUGGUCUCUGUCCCUACCUACUGGGGUUCUGCCAGCGUCAGUCAAGGUUUCGGCUCUUGUCAUUCGGAAUCAGGUUUUCUUGCGGUCGUGCAAUAAACGACAAAGAGAUGAUUAUCUAAGUAAGGUACAAAGAAUGACAGCGUUCUAACCCUUAUCUUGUUUCCUUGAGAUCUAUCAAGAGCCUAGCGGAUGGUCUCGACAACUUGCUACUUGCUAAUUAGUUUCCAUGUAGGAGACGGAAGCUGGUUUCUAAAGUAUCACGACAUUUUGAGGGCACACUUGCGCACCCGACGCUCCCUCUAUAGUAAACGAAUCACCCCUGGGAAUUAUCUGAAUGCCACUCUCCGUUGACGUGCUUCGAGGGUUGUAAGGUUGACUCGUGCCCCAGUGUGUGUGAUUUGUAUUUAUUUACGCUACCGCUACCAGUGCUGUCAGAUAGUAACAGUACAAGCCACUGAAGGGCAGUUGAGCAGGAUUAGGUGUAGACUCUACGAUAAUGAUUUGUAAUAGUCAGGCAACUUUUACUGUGCAUUUCCCAGGGUUGCAUCGUCGGACGAAAUUAUUGCCCGCUUUAAGCGCUCCAAAAAUUGACAUUUUAGUUUCUAGGAUUGAGCAUGUAAGGACUCCGAAAAUCGUUUUGAUUGAUGGACAAAAUCGACUAAGGGUUCUUUGUGAAGGGCAGCUAAAUAUAUCUUCAACCCUGGCGAAGAGGGAGAAAUUUAGUUUUAUCCUAUCGUUUCGGCUACCAUCUUCAGGGACUGGACAGCUUGUGCGCAGCUCUCAUUAUAUGGCGCAUUUUGCGUGAUAUGUAGGACGCCAAUGCCGACUGUGGGUGUAAAUCGGACCCCCGUUUCGCCGUAGUCUGCGUCGCGCCCGCCCUCGUUGGUCGAGGCGGUAAUUGGCGACCCCGAUUGUUUCACGCCACCAUCGUCUCCUGUCAAGUAGGUUCGCAAAAUCAGGUAGGAGGAGGCAGGCAUAUCUGACGGUUGACUAAGCAGUCGGCGGACAUCUAGAUUUCUUGCGCCUGUCGUGUUGCGUGAUCAUUGCCUCGACCCACUAUCCCAACCGCGUCGAAGUUCACCAUGUGUCUCGUCAUCGCAGCGUGGCUUGCUGCCUCCGACUGCGUCCAACCUUCGAACGGCUAACCGGUGCUCAUGUGUUCGCCUGUGCAGUCCUCGACCGGUUUUUUUCUGUGUACUUGCACUCCCCGCAGCUACAUAGUAUUACAGCCUCAUUCACCGAUCAUUUAACGAUUUUUUUUCAGUGCCGUUUUUGAGUAUUAUUGAGUGACUUGGCCACUCGUGUCUGAAUAUUCAGCAUGCAACGUGUGUGAACUGGUGUAAGAAUAUUCGCUGCGCAAACCUUGAUAGGCAGUCUUUGAAAUCACAGUCAGAACUAGGUUUAUGAAUAUUUGAAUAUUGGCACAAUUGUUGUUAUGCUGUCUACGACAGCGCACUAAAGUUCCCGUCAAAUACGGAGUGCAAACUGAAAUUGUAGACGCUCAGCAUUACUCUGAAGAUACUCAAACAAUGUAGAAAUAAUAUCACUACUAUAUGGUCCCCUCUUCCGAAUAGGUGGAAGGUAGCUAACAUUCUCCAAACAUCUGGGCAAUUAACUGCCUAGCUUUCCCAGGAGACGGUGUGUGUUAUUCCGUUUGAUCCCAAGUCUGCCAUUUUCCUUGGGAAUCUAUUCCUGGUAAGUCUCUAUUUUAAAUCGAGAGAUCUGCGAUCGGAAGUGUAUCAAACCAUUGUUUGUCCGAAAAAUAGAAUCAGACCCAUUAUAAGGAUGGAAAAAAACAUUAGGUGUUCCCAACUUAUCUAUUGUAUACAUCUUCAAGAAUAAAAACCGCAACGGUGGCCCCUGGUUCCCGAAGAACACGAAAAACAACAUAGUAAAUGACAGAGGAAUUUCUUUCCUACUGAAGAAAAACCACUUUAUAAAAGCUAGUUCGUUCAAGAACAGCCUCCAAGAAGUAGGCAUAUCUCCGCAAAAAUAAAAAACAAAGACUAACUAGCGUAGAAACAGAUGGUUUGCCACAAGAUGCAAGCCACCGACCAGCCUUAAAAACAGGAGACCGGAAUUAAAAUUUGUUAAAAAGCUUUCUUCUAAGAAACACCAAAGUACGGAUAAGACGAAAAUAAAGUGCUAUCAGACCGGUUGGAAGCGUUUAGAUAAGUGAAAUAUUCACUCGUGGGUCAAGGCAAACCACCUCGUCUGUGAAGCAUUCUGGCGGUAUUGCUGUAGCAUGGUCAUUUAUGGUUGCCAAUGAAACUAGUCGCUUUUUUGUUUAUUGAUGGUCUGACUAAUGACCAUGGUAGUGAGACAAUUGCCUGCACAAAUUCAGUCAGCUACCUCAAAGCUCAUUGGACAGUGUUUCACGGUGCAUAUUGAUAAUGUCUAGCGGCACACUACUGUAGCAACCAAAAAGUCGAGAGAAAGAAGUGGGUCGUUCCGCGGUGGCGAACUCUAUCAACAGACUCGAAUCCACUCGAUUGGGCACUUAAUUCGUUAAAGACUGAACGCCCCAAGUACAAGCAGAGCCUGAAGGCGGUUGCAGUAAGCGCCUGGUAAAUAAUCACUAAGCAUGUAGCUCAAUAUCUGUGGUGUCAAUGGAUUCCAGACUUCAGAUUCUCAACGUUAGUAACUGUGUGCCUUCUAAGCGGGCCGCGUGUUAGACGCGCUGUACCAACACAGGAGCCAUACCAGACUCUGGCGAGCGUUAUCGGAAUGCGCACCAUAACAAUUGCCAACAUUUCGGGGUGCUGUGGCAGACCCACCUGCCGCUGUACGUCGCGCACUUUGGGACCCCUGCCGUCCCCCAUUGUUUUUACUGAUCAAAAUCCUGGUCAUUUGCUAUGUGGACCAGGGGGGGGUGGAGUGGAGCGCCGAGGUGCAGGCUCGACCGCGCCCUCCCCGGCCUCCGGUCUUCUUGAUUCUGUCUUGACACCGGGUCCAGGUGGAGGGUAGGAGAUAGUGCGUUGGAUGCCGUGCAAGUCCACAAUCACAAUAAGCUAAUUUGCGCGCAAGUCAUCAUCUCUGAUUUCACUAUACUGUGAAGCACACGGUGGACAUCAUCGGUCACGACGGUCGAACCAUCGCAUACUUAGCGGUAAGUCUUUCAAUGAACGAUUCACGAGUUUUGAUGCAUGUUGCUACUUCAAUGAUCAGUCUUCACAUCGAAUAUUCUCACGCAUAGGCUUGAUUGUCUUGUUGCGACCGUGGAAGGAGGUCAUCCGCAUUCUCGAUUUGUGCGCUUCACCUUCUUACUGGCCUUCAUUUUGCCUUACGCUAUAGUAUGACCCACGUUAUGCGGACUGCUUCUGGAACAGCAGUCAGGACAGCCUCUUCCAGUACCUUUUGAAAAUGAUGUCGUCUUGGGCCAUGGUAGUUGACGUCUGGUAUCUCCCACCUGAGCGCCCUCUUCCUGGCGAGGAUGGAAUCCAAUUCGCCGCUCGUGUUAAACGAAUAAUCGCCAAACAAGGCGGCCUGACCGCCAUGGACUGGUAUAUUCAUACGUAUUCUGUUUUUUCUCAUCAUAAGUACUAGUUGCGUGCGAUACGCUUUACACUCCUGUUUCUGCUUUAAAAUUCCGAGUAAUUUUCCACCGUUUUGCCCCUUUAGGAUAAACGGGCACAAGGGGUACCUGAACUUCCCACCUGCCACUGACCUGGAGUACGGCAGAACACAUAUGUCGUUCAGACCCCUUAAUCAGCUCUCUCUUGUGCUAUUUUUGACUGUUUGGAAGCUGAACUGGGUUGCUCCCGUGCACAAUGCAAAAAAGUGGUCUUGUUUUGCAAUCGGGCUGUUCCCUGUAAUCCUCAUUUCACUUGUCUAACGCCUUUCCGCCAUGAGGUGUGGUUGUGCGGUUGGCGGUGUUCGAGUCUGUGUUAAAUAUUUCUGCCUUUCAGUGGUGCAGAUCAUGCCGGUGGUGAUGGUCAAAACGUGGUCAUAGAAUAUGAGCCAAGUGGAAGACGAUAGUGGAUCAUCAUGCUGUAGUCGAACAUUUCCAUGAGGUUUCUUGUGAGGGUUGAGUGUAGGCGGGUCCCCAAAAGCCACUCGAAUUGUUUGUUGGACGUUGUCUCUAGCGCUUUGGCUCAAGAAAGAUGUCCGUCUCGUGAGCUCAGUGUUACUACCCUCGAUCCGACGCCGUUGCCCACACGGAGCUGUUGAAUAGAGGUCAACUGAAGAUCUGGCUGGACACGGUUCAUCACGACAUGGAAGUGGUUCUUUGACCUUCGCUAUUCGGGUCGAGCUGUUCAGAUCUGCUGCUGCAGACCGUCUUACGUGGGGAGGUACCAUACGUGACAUUAUCGAAGCCGGUUAGAUCAGGCAUAAUCGCGGCCGUACUGAGUACAAGUGCAAAUCGGCGCCUCUUCAAAGUGCUAAGGGUUUCAAAACUUUAAUUUCCAAAAAGUCGUAGCUUCUCAUUCUUUCUAGGGAGAACGUCGAGCUUCAUGUAAGCAUUAAAAGCUCUAUAUAAGUAGUUAUUCCCCCCCCCCUCGUGGGCUUACCCCCGGAAGUUCUCAAACUUUAGUUGAAAACCUGUGCUUUACGGCGUUUUAGUUACUUUCGGUUAGAUUUCAAAAGUUUACUCUGCUUGUUUGUGGUGCCCUCUCAGUGUCCCCCCCCCUUAUGUGACCUAAGGGAAAGGUCGCAUUACUUAUGCUUCUGAGUGAUACGGCCGCAAUUCUGCCUGGUAGAGUUUGAUCCAACGAUGUUCGGCGCGAUUUCUCCACGCGCAACAAUCUGUGGCAAAUCUAUUAGCUUGGUCUGUGCCCCUCCAGCUGAGACACCAGGGACCCAGAUACUGUCCCGGCCUCUUGAGUACCAGUGUUCAGCCCGUUUUUGAGCUCACUGUCACUUCGUUGUCCUGAGUGAGGAAAUAGCGUUGAAUUUGUAGCCGCCAUUUUCAGAUCUACGGGCAGUGUGUACAAAGCACUUCAGUUGUCUUGGCAUAUUUCGGAGGUAUCCGCGCUCGGCUCAUUGGUAGCUCCCCCAGCGUUCCUCGUGUGUUUUGUGGCACAAACUCCAUUUUCAAUGCUGAGUUUUUUACUUUCUCAGGAGGUAACAUGCAAACUUCCAGCAAGUUAUUCGACGAAAAUCUCAAGUUCGGUACGAAAGUUGGUGUAAAUAUUUCAGCCGACCAAAAUGUAUGGGAACCUUGAUGCAUAGCCCAGAUACCUUCCUUAAGCUGACUAUUUUUCAUCAUGAUAAACAACUUUCUUUUUUGGCAUGUGUGAAUAAACCGACCUCUUUCAUCUAUUACUCUACGCUAUACAUUUUGAUCUUGAUAGGGGAUUUCAUCAGCUUAGUUGAGGUCGUUCAAAUGACGUCUGUUGACUUUGCUUUGCACAACUAUGAUCGUACCUGGUCAAUCCGGCCACUGCAAUGUCCGGUAUAGUAUUCCUCUGCGCGUUACCAUCUGCGACAGCGGAUCUUAGUACUUUCCCUCCCCUCCCUUCUGGAAGAGGGUGAUGUCAAAUACCGAAGGUUCAUGGGCCACAUCGAGGUCCUGACGGGCAGUUUCGGAUGCCUGGCUUGUGGCUAACCUCUUCGUGGUCUCUAAGGCAUGGAGUUGAAUUGCGGCCACUAUACUGAUCUCAUGGGAGUUGAUGACUAAAACUGUGCCAAAACCAAUUUACCUGUCUGUCUUUGAUGACAUUAAAAGCCCUUGUGGGAUUGUCACAGCAUAUGCAGUCUGUCUCGUGUACAUGGAGUUCCUGUACUUACUUCGAAAGAUCGUUCUCAGGCAAUAUUUGUGGAAAACUCGCAUUCGAGCGUUGCCGGCGUUUGUUUUGUUAUGCGGAAUCCUCGUCUCGGUUCACUAGUUAUUGCAGUCUUCUUUGUCAAUUUCACCGUUGUUUCACAGAUUUUGCUGAACCCGUAUUUUUAUGACCUAACUCGCGCCCUCUGAGUAUACAAAUGUAGGAUCCUUAAAUUGGUGUGUUUAUCACAGAAGAGCUCGCUGCUUCCGAGAAUGGGUUGAGAUGCAUCGCAAAUUAAUAACAGAUAUGAUUAUUUGGUUUUAUGUUCUUCGAUUCGGGCCUCAGUACAAACCGGUUCCUGUUCUCACAGUAUUGAAUGUUUUGGCUCUCGUCAUUUUACACUAGACCUUACGAAAACAGUCACUUGGGAUACGGAUUCCAGGCGAAUGCCGAGGAGAGUUGUCGAUACAACGUGUAUAUGAAGAAUCGGUUAAAGAUAGUUGACCCGCCUGUAUUCGGCUUAUUCCUCCACAUUAAUGGACAUUCUUUUACAGAAUCAUGUCAGUUAUGGUUUUAUGGGGAAACGUCUGCUUCAGAUGCCAAAGAAUCUUUAUCAUCCCCAAGCGGAGUCUCAUUUGUCUUUUUACCCUCCUAAAUUCGGAAUUAGUGCCUGUCCGACAUCAGGUCAACAAAGCUUUGGCUUAUCAACUUCCCCCCUCCUAACUCCCUUCUCGCCUUGUCGCUAUCUUCAACAGAACCUGCGCUACUAAGUAUCGAACCGAAUGCUAUACUUCUUAUCGUCAGUUGAACUGACUGGCCAUUUUUUACUUUCUUUUCGGGACGCACCCAACCGUCGUUUGUACUCAACCCUGGCUCAUCUUGAAGUCGCUGGUCCGAUAUCUGAGCUUCUUACAGGUCGCUAAUUGUCCUGUCAUUAACGUCCUUACGCAGGCGAUGGGACGCCACCAGAAGAAAAUGACUUCGUCCAGUACUCUUGUUGCCUCAAUGCGUGCUUAACUUACGUUUGCUUGCUAUAAAUCCCACGAUUGUGGAACUUUCCUGCCCGUAACCGCCAUGGCGCUCUUUCAUCCAUCGUAAUUUAUGAGUAUCACCACGGCCUGGGUAGACGACGACGACGACGACGACGACUUGAUAGUGAACUGCUUUAUGAUGUAGGGUAUUUGCACAAAUCUACCUCGCCCCCUCUCACCACUUCUAUCAUCUUCCAUUGACAAGACAAAGUCAAAACAAGUAGAGGUGGGCGUUGGCGCAGGGGUUGACGAAGUUAACCCGGCAAAUGCGCAUGCUACAUGCAUGCCUACGUGCACCUACAUAUGCACACAUGCACUAGACCUUAAUAAAAUUCGUAGGACCCAACUGUGAAAAACUCGGCGGCCUCGGUGGGAUUUGAACCCACGACAGAAAGUGUAAGGCUUGAGUACAGUCAACGCCCUAACCGCCUGAGCUGUGAGGCCCCACCGGAAGCCGUUAGUCUAAUCACAUUUGGAUCAAUUUUCCCACCCAACCUACCGCAACGUAUAGAAUACACCAAUCUUGAGACAGUUGACCGCCAAGCAGGAUUUCCUAAGCAAUCUCAAAUCCAUCAGAUGACCGCUAGACUCACUUAAUGAGUGUUUUGGUAGCUUUGCAUAGUCUAGCUUGUCUGCAGGAAAGGAUCGUCAUAGGGCUUACGUUGAGGAGACGUUAUUGCAAUCGAACUCGCAGUUCUGAGAAAUACCCAGUUAUCACGUCAGUCGGUGACCCUCCAAGCCAUGUGAAGGGGUAAAAAUGCCGAAAGUGUACUGUGGGGAAAUUAAGCGCUAAGUAUGCACUAAGAAAGUUGUUUCCCGAUAGGACGCGCCGUCUUUCAUCUUCACUCGUGUAUUAUUGGCAAGCCCUAGUAGGGCCGACUGUAGAAGACUAGAUUGGACGCAGUGUCUGUCGCGACUUAAACCCUGUGCACCUAUUUUGUCUCAAGGUAGGUCUGAAGCUACAGCGUAACCUGUUCUGUGCCGCUGUGUUGUUAUUUCUCCCUCAUAAGCAUUCUUGACAGCCUGUCUGUGAAAGAGUUUGUUAUCUGUUUUCUUCUAAAAUUGCUUUUUUAUACAUAGGGAUGGGGAAUUGAAGCGAAGUCAUCCAAAGCCAACACUGAAGCUCACUCAACAGAAGUUGUUCAGUGAAAUGAUCGCCUCAGAAGAUUAG